AUGGCGUCUCUGCGCUGUAGGCGAGACCCCUGCGGCGUUAUCUGUCUGAUUUUAACUUAUUUCAGCGUGUUUUACGCGGACUACGUGGUCAUACAAUAUGUCCUCAUCCCCGCUUACUCGGGCAGUGUGUGGUGUACUCUACAUGGAUCAGUGUUCAACCUGAUUCUGCUGCUGCUGCUGGCCUGCCACGCCAAAGCUGUCUUCUCAGACCCUGGCAUGGUGCCUCUUCCUGACACAGCCAUAGACUUCUCAGACCUCCGCUCGCAGUCGUCUCGGAUGAGUGAGCGGGGCUGUGAAGGUUGGACGGUGUGCAGUCGCUGUGAAACCUACAGACCUCCCAGGGCGCAUCACUGCCGCGUCUGUCAGAGGUGUAUACGCCGCAUGGACCAUCACUGUCCCUGGAUCAACAACUGUGUCGGAGAGCUAAACCAGAAGUAUUUCAUCCAGUUUCUCUUCUACACCGGCAUGGCCAGUCUGUACUCCAUGGUGCUGGUGGUGUCGGCCUGGGUGUGGCGGAUAAGGAACGAGCGAGAUGGCGACGCAGAGAAAGAAGCAGAGACACCCAGCAAGCACCUGAUAGUCGCUCACUACAUCAUCCUCCUGGUGGAGUCGGUCUUGUUUGGCGUGUUUGUCAUGGUCAUCUUCUACGAUCAGUUGGUCUCUAUAAUCACAGACGAGACCCCCAUAGAGCAGAUGAAGAACAGGCUGAUGCUCAAGGACAGGGGCUCUUCAUCUUCAUCUGCUUCCACCUCCUCCUCCUCCUCUCAGCUGCCUCACCACCCCCCUCACACCCGCAAGCCAAAGCUCGCUCUGCUGCGGGAGGUUUUCGGAAGAGGCUCGGUUUUUUGCUGGCUUCUUCCUCUCCACUCCAGCCCUCCAUCAGUUGGCGGCAUCAUCUACUCCGCCCUGCCGGACUAUGACGUCUGACCGCUUGGCCCGUGAGAGUGCUAAGAGGGCGAGGAAAGGAUGGCGAGAAAGGUUUUAUUUGUGUGACUGUGUGAGAGAGUGAACUUUAUGCCUAACUAUUAUGUCUUAUCUUUGGACCUGAGAGGUGAAGAGGAAGGAGGAUGAAGGCCGAGACUGGGACAAAUGAAGAGAGUGUGUUAGAUGAAUGAGUGUGUAUGACUUUAUCCCCCAGGGCCUAAAAAAAUUCAGCCUUAGACUCAUGAAAAUCUGUUCCUUUCCUGUCAUGAAGGAAGAGCUCCGAUGGUCCCCGUUUUGUCCCGAUCUGUAGUUUAACCACCAGUGUUUUGAUCAUUUUACUUGUGUGGAUAGGUUGGCCCCCUGUGGACACUGAGGUUUGACUGACAUGGGUUUAACAAGAGUGAUAUGCAGAUUUAUUCACUACAGCUGCCUACAAUCGGAUGUAUUUAGCUGCAUGAUAUUUGAGUUUUUAUGCCCAGAAAUUGCAAACAUUCAGGGCCAGAUUUAAUAAGAAAAUGGGGCAGCACAAAUGUGCACUGCGGGUUUGUUGAAUUUACAGGUCCAAUCUGCAUGUAGUUAGCUCCUGACGGACUGAGGCAGCAGCUCAUUACAGUAAGCUCCUGGACUAAUGCAUUUUUAGAUUAAAGGAAAGCUCAUAGGUGCAAUUCUGUGGUGGGAUUUGUCCGGAGGUCACCAAGUUAAAGGAGACCUAUGGUGCUGCUUUUCCCAGUCCUAUAUUUUAGUUCUGUGACUUCUGUAUGGCAGCUUUGCAUGAUUCAAAGAUAAAUCUUAUACUGGGUCUUUAUGUAGGCCUUAAUUUCAGCCUCUAUCUGAAACAAGCUGUAGAUGCUCCUGUGUCUUUAAGGCCCCCGCCUCUCAAAGCCCACUGUCUUCUGAUUGGCCUGAUCUGUUUUGACUCACAGGGAUUUCUUUUAAAUACUUUACCUCAUUAUUUUAAGCUUCGGCCAUGUUUAACAUGACCAUCCAAAAUUGUAACAGUGUAGAUAAGUCAUAAAAUAUGGAAAAGCAUAAUAGGUCUCCUAUAACAAAAUAAAUGCUAACUUAGUAAUCCUCCAGAAUAGGGAUGAAACAGUAUGAAAAUUUCACGAUUAUAGUGACCAAAAUUAUCACGGUUAUCAGUAUCAUCACUGUAUUGUAAA